AUGGACGGAUCUAACCUCCCUUUUGUACCCGCAGAUGAAGAUAGAGACGAGGAACUUGAUGACGAGAUUUUCUUUUUAGUGAGUGCGAUUGACUCAUCAGACGACGAUGAAAACACCAAUGUGCCGCAACGCAACUUGCCAAUACAAUGGGCCAUGUACAUAACAUACAUGCUGAACGGUCACCCAAUGCCAUGUUUUCAAAUGUUUUGUAUGGAGCCACCGGAUUUUAUAUCUUUGUGUCUCGAGUUGAUCGAGCGCUGGUUCAUAGAAAGUACAAGGAACCUUGAUGUUGAGGAAAGUGUUGCUAUACUUUUUUUGCUUACUGGGCACCGCCAAGGGCAGGGGAUCGCUGCAGAUCGCUUUCAACACUCCACGGAGGCAAUAAACCGGCAUUAUAUUAAGGUGCUGAGAGCAGUGGGCUAUCUGGCUAAGGUCUACAUCAAAGUGAGACACAGGACUGGGGUGCACCCACACGUACGCAGUAAUCCUAAAUGUUAUCCUUGGUUUAAGGAUUGUAUUGGUGCAGUCGACGGCACACACAUAAAGGCAAUGAUCCCGGUAGAGCACCACCGCUUCUUUCGUGGCCACAAAAAUGAGUGCACACAUAACAUUAUGACAGUAUGCGAUUUUGAUAUGUUAUUCACGUUCAUGUACGUUGGCUGGGAGGGAACCACAAACGAUGACCGCAUUUUUAAGGAUGCUGUUACAACUGAUCGAGGCUUUGAGUGGCCUGCACUAUUAUGUGGCCGAUUCUGCAUACCCAUGCACACAGGAUUGAAGAGGAGAUGGCGUAUGUUAUACGAUAUGCCUAAGUACUUAUUGCCACGUCAACCUGGCAUUAUAAUGGCAUGUUGUACACUGCACAACUUCAUUGGGACACGUAAUCCAAAUGAUCAAAUAUUCAACGGCACUGAUGCACCAGAACCAGGGAUGAGUGAGCAGCCUUAUGCAUAUGGCAACGAUGAUGAGGUAGGCCCCUCACAUUCAAGACAGUAUGACUUCUCAUCUGAAGCUGACGUUGGAAUGACCAAUUUUAGAGAAGGCGUUGCACAAGCAAUGUGGGAUAAUGCACAUGGAAACGACGAUGGGGAUAAUUAA